CCCAUUGGUCGAUAAUCGUAAAUCGAUAUUCAUAAACACCGGAGUUGAUCUUUUACCGAUCGUUCCGCACUGUAUUCGCAAUGUUAUAAUUAUUAUAGUUUUACCUUAAUUAAAACAUAGUAWAUCGACUGGYGGAAUAAUGUGAAAAAUUAUCGCCUUGUAUAACAAUAACAAUAAUUAUUAAUAAUCACAAAUACUAUCGUUGAGCGAUCGUUCUAUUUUUUUUUUUUUUUAUCGCAGUUUUUGUCACCUGUCGUUAAUCCAUAGUGACGACAUUAUACUGUGCAUUUUCAUAUUCGUUUUCGUUCAUACGGAUCACACUAAUAAGUGCAUAACGAAACAGGUUGAGGGCCGCGCCUUAUACGUUCGUGACGAUGAAUAUGUAAUUACGUUCCAAUUUUAUUGCGAUUUACGCGACUAACAGUCUCCAUCCGUGUUUGUUCGUACGAUCGUUUAAACGACAUUAAAACACUAUGAAUGGAACUCAGGAUAAUGCUAGAUAUGGACCCUCUGACCAGUUAAAUCUGUCGAGCGGAACAAACAAUGUGGAUCACUACAACGAUUCCGAUUUGUUAUUGGACAAUGAAGAAGAAUACAUUCAUCCUUAUUCAGAUGAAUACGUACUUCUGGAGAGGAAGAUGCGUAACCGAUUAACUUUUUUCUUUAUGAAUCCAAUUGAAAAAUGGAAAACAAGAAGGAGGUUUCCAUAUAAAUUUUUAACCCAAAUUAUCAAAAUAAUAUUGGUUACACUUCAACUUUCGUUAUUUGCUCAUACUCGUUACAGUCAUGUAAAUUAUACGUKGGGAAAUAGGAUUACAUUUUCACAUUUGUUUAUUAAAGGAUGGGACCCAGCACGAGAAAUAGUCUCUUAUCCACCUGCACUGGGACCAUUAGCUAUUUAUAAUAUUGAAUCAUUUUAUUCAACAAUUAACUAUGCUGUGGUUGGUUAUGCCAACAUCAGUAACGCAAUUGGAUCAUACUCAUAUCUAAGUGAAGAUAGUAAAGUUGUAGAUCCAAUAUUUUGUAUUGUUCAUUAUAAAGAAGGUAGCGUGUUUGGUUUCAACGAAAGUUAUACCUUUGAUGGAGAAAUAAUACAAGAAUGCCUSAAUGUUACUAUAACUGAUGAUAUAAAAACUAAGGGAUUUUCAAUCAAGGAUUAUCUAAUUGAACAAAAUAAAACAAUCUAUUUUUCAUCUUUAUUAAAAGCGAAAUUAAAAUUUGCAUUAAAAACUGUUAACUUCAGAGUUGCCGGAAAGUAUUCGCCUCCCGAUUGUUACAAAUUUGAAAUUCAAAUAACAUUAAACAAUGAAGAUAUGGAUGGUCAAGUAUUGGUAGAUUUGCAAGUAAAUCCUUUUAGGUUGAAUUGUAAAGGUAGCGUGGAAUAUAUCAUUGAUAAUAAAGUCGAAUCGUUUUUAAGAAGUGUAUUAAAUUAUCUUGUUAUCAUUGUGUGUACUAUUUCAAUGAUACUAUGUACAAGGGCUAUAUUGAGAGCACAGCUACUGAAGUAUGAAACAAUAAGAUAUUUUGAAGACAUGCUAAAGUCAACAUUGAGUUAUAAAGCACGGUGGGAGUUUUGGAAUUUAUGGUAUAUAAUGAUAAUCAUCAAUGACAUACUAAUUAUAUGUGGUUCAGGAAUAAAGGAGCGUAUAGAGAAAAAGCAAUUUAUUGGUGACCAAUGGAAUUUAUGUAGUGUAUUACUUGGAACUGGAAAUUUGCUUGUCUGGUUUGGAGUUCUAAGAUAUCUAACAUUCUUUAAAACUUACAAUGGUGUAAUAUUAACAUUGCGGCAAGCUUUUCCAAAUACUUCAAGGUUCAUUUUAUGUGCGAUUCUAUUGUAUGCUGGCUUCACAUUUUGUGGUUGGUUGGUAUUAGGACCAUAUCAUAUGAAAUUCCGGUCGCUGGCAAGUACAUCUGAAUGCUUAUUCUCUUUAAUAAAUGGAGAUGAUAUGUAUGCCACAUUUACAAUCAUGGCUACAAAAUCUUCAUUAUUAUGGUGGUUUAGUCGUUUGUACUUAUAUUGCUUUAUAAGUCUAUUUAUUUAUGUGGUUAUCAAUCUCUUUCUAUCGGUUAUCAUUGACUCUUAUGAAACAAUUAAGAAUCAACCACGUAAUUAUAAACCUAAGACUGACCUGGAACAGUUUAUGGCUGAAGGUACAUUUCCUACAUCAUCAUUUGAUAUUACUGAAGAGACUGAUAAUUGGGCUCAAGUAUCUUUUGCUCAAGCAGUUAGGAGAAUAUUUUGUAGUUUUUGUAUCAAUUUCAAAAAUUUACGCCAAACAUGUUUGUUUAUUUAUCAAAGAAGCCGACAUUUAAUUAUUUGA